GCUCGGACACUGUUGCCAGGCGCUCGAUGGCUGAUCUCUUACAGGGCCACUCAGAGGAGAGUAAGAGCGGGGUGGCGCCCUCUAGUGACAGUCAACAUCCAGACUCCUAUCAGAUAUGCAGCAGUUCCCAAGCCACUGCCUCCAAAACCCUCCUAACCAUCUGCGCCACCUGUGGAGGAUUCAAGGGGACUCCACUCUCCUACACUGGGGGCUCAGCAAUGCCAGCCGUACCAGCAGGUGAAAGUAUUGAUAAGUGCCCGUGCAGACCCAACAGCUGCUCCUCAGAAUAUAUCAAGGUUGACGCACUGAGGAAAACUACAGAGACCACGUCUGCACCUGCCUCAGUGACCAAUCACAGCUCUGAGAAGCUAAAGAUGAGGAAUGAGGGAUCAGCACCUCUACAGAAGAAAGGCAAGGGGAAAUUAGCUGACCUCUUAGCAGACCUAUUAGGCAUAGGCACAGACCUAUUAGGCACAUCCGGAGAGCCAGGUACAAAGACAAACAACCUGAAUCUUUAUGAAUCAAUGGCUUCUGCUUUGGGACAUGAGCUUAGAUCCCAACAACCUGUUAUCAACUGUGAACUUUUGUGUGAUCUGAACUCAGCAAGACAAGGGGACAAAGGGACUAUCAUUUACGAAAACUGCUUCAAGUGCAAGAAAGGGGAGGAAUGCCACUCGCCUCCUUGGGGGACACCAGCAUUUCCCCGGAACAGCUUUGUCCUACAGGUUGGUCAAAUGCACCACAGUGGUGUAUGUUUUGGACAGCCACUACCCUCUGAGCCCUUGAAGAACAGUGUGGACUGUGAAAAGACAUCUAAUAAAGAGCAGCCUAUUGAAGUGCAACUGCUGGACCCUACACUCCAAGAUGGAGACCUUCCAUGUGUGGAGGUGAAAGAUCAUUCAGUAUCGGUUGAAGACAAGAAGCAGAAGAGUAAGGAGGAGAGGCACAAAGUCGAGUAUGAGAUCAUGGAGAGCCGGGCGUUGGAGAAGAGUUCAGAGGUGGAGCAUCAGGAACCAGAAGAGAAAAGCAAGUACGAGCUGAUGGGCAGUUGUGGACAACAACGGUUCCUUCAUGAGACUGAAGGGGCCAUGUUUGUGUUCCCGACAGAAAUGGCGGCUCCAGAAAGACCCCGCGGUGAUGGAGUGACCUACGUCAAUAUUCCCAUCAGCCCCACGUCCAAGAAACAGCUGAACUACAUGGAGCUGGAGCAUCAGGAGCAAACUGGGGUCAGGGGGACUGGCCAACACCUCCCAGGACAGAGGAAAAGUUCCACUAAAUAUGCCCAGAUUGACAUCACUGCUACGGAUGCCGCCCACAAAACGGGUACCCAGCAUGCCCUGGGGCGAGAGGAGGGUCUUCGCACCCUGGAGCAGAGGAGGAGGGGAGUACCACAGUGACAUCACACCUCCAAUCUUGACCUCCACAGGGCCUCUGGCCCAGACCAGACUGUUGUAUAAAUCUCUAGAAUUCACCAUAAACGUGGAUUUCCUUGGGCACCUCCAGCUGCCAUGAUGUCAAACUCCUCCGAGAUCUGCCACAUUUGAUUUCUCUAACAUCAAUUGUUGACGUCUUCGGACAGUACUGUCAUUCUGCAAUCACGAAAGCAACAUGAAAACAAACUGUAAUUAAAAAGACAAAAGCUGCUGCAUGGAUUUAAGGGAUGUAAAGGGGACAUUUCAAUCCCUUGUGGAACCAGACAUCUCAUUAGAAGGCAUCACUGUCACUGUCACAGCCCUGGGCAGACUUGGGAGGAGUGGGGGGCUGAAAGUGCCAGUCUUGGAACUGAGUCAUUACCCAGGCACAAACCCCCGGAGGAGCAGUGGGUUUUUCACAGCCUCGUCUGUGCCACCCCUAAUCUAAUACAAUACGGUUAGUACCUCGUUUGGGGGAGAUGAGGAGGGAGUUGAAAAAAAGCAUCACCCUCUAACUCCUCUCUGAUUAUCGUUUUACUAAUUCUAUAGUGUUUACUUGUAUGAAAGCCUUGAUUGAGGCCUUUUGAAAGAGACUAGUUUAGUUUAGCACAGGGCCAGAUAGAUAAUGGAUAAUCAGUCUAUAUUUAUCCUGUACAGUACAUGCAGUCUUACUCAUUCAGAAUGUCGUAGCUACAGCGACGUUCAACAAACUUUUUGAGAACUUUAUGAAGCUAAUGCAACAAAGUGGGCAUAGACGUUCCGGCUGUGUUUGUAUACCAAUGAGACCAACGCGAUUAAGCCCUCAUUAUUGGGUUCUGGUGACUCAGCCCAGGCUUGUAAUUGUUCCGCGUUGGCUAAAUGAACUUUGGUUGGCUUGAGUGUGCCUAAUUGCCCGCUGUUGACCACAUCCGUAGCGUUCGUUUCUGGGCGCUCUCCAUUUGUUUUUCAACUACACGGUUCACAUGGCUUCGCUGAGGGACAGACAGACAGAGCUUCAGCAACAUACACCCUAUAAAUAAUUAAUUGGGUUUUUUUCGGCUUCGCAGAAAGGAAAAAUGAAAAACAAUAUCCCGGAAAUGUUUGUCAGAAGCGCCUGUGGCCCCCCAUUAUGCAAACAUAUAUAUCUUUUUUUUUUUUUUAAAUAGCUAGAUAAUUUAAGACAAGAGUUCCUAUGUAAAAGUAACCUUAUUGGAAUAGAAAUUUCUUCUUGUCUAUAUUCCCUACUGUGUGUUGAACGUAUGCGUUUGUUUUGCUGAUACUUUAGACGGUCAUUAUUUUAUUUGUGAUGUUAGUGCGGUUCUCAUUAUAUUAGUACAUAUAUCACUUUUUCAUAUACGCAAAUGUAACCUUGUCUAGAGAGAAAUAUACUUGUAUUAAAACCAAUAUAUAUUUCUCCGGUAUCUGUAAAUACAUUUCCCUGUUUCUGUUCUAGAUGUCUUGGACUGCCAUACAUUAUAUAUUUGAAGAUAAUGUGUAUGUACAGAUCAAUGUUAAGAGUUUUACAUACGAUGUCUGUAUUUUUUCAAAAGCCUUUUAUUUGAACAUUUUAUUUAUAACAAAUAACAACCAUUGCUUUGA